UCAUGGUCAAAAAAUAAUUGAUGGUGCAAAGGUUGUGAUCAAUACUGGUGAAGCGAUACAAGUUGGAAGUGAAUUAUAUGACGUUUAUGGAAAAACUACAGACGAAAUCGAACGCUUAUCCACACUUUAUCAUAAUUCUCAUAAAAGAAGGACCAGCUACGAUAAUGCCUGUCCGAUUUGCAGAG